GUUAGAAUCAUGCGUUGGGCUCUCCUCAGCCCACUUCGAAUACCUUUAUACUCUUUCCAAAUUGCUCGCUCGACUUUUAGGCAGAGACUCCAGACUUUGAAGGAACACCCGAGGAAACUGUGAAGACCUCUCCACCCAGUUUUGAGGCGUUUUGCAGGUCGGUGAGGCUUGGCCUCUAGAGCAAGGAGAGCCGAGAGCCCAGCAUCGGAGGGGAACUGGCGAGGGAAUCCUUGCCCGAUUUGCAAAAAGAGGAACACGUCGUAAUUGAAGAGUAGAUGGAGAAAGUGUUUGGACUUCGGGAAGUUCCUUGGGGUGUCCAACUCCAGUGAACAAGAACCCCAAGUAYGGAGUGGUUUAGAGCUAAAUUAACCGACGAGGGGAAAGCUUAGACCUCUCGGAAUGAUGUAUUUUCAGAAACAGGUACAGAUGUUGAGACAGAAAGUUCGUGGUCAGAUUUCUCUUUGUCUCCCCUAAAACCAACUUGGCGUUCAACCACUUCAUCGAAAACGCCAUCUUUUUCGGGCUCACCUACGAAGGCAAAAAAAAUUCCGUCGACGAUGAUACACUGUUGCAGUUGGAGAGAGUUAGGGCCAAAUAAUUUCCAGAAGUCGAUCCAAAGUCAGCUAUCUUCUCCGCGUAUGCUUCAAACCCUCCAAUCCCCUUUCAUUACUAGGGUUUCUGUUUGGUUUUCCAGAGAUGCUAGGGUUUMUCUAGGGUUUAACCUCCAUAGCCGGUGCCGAAGCACGAGGGGUGGCGGUUCUGCAGCUUCUGUUCUCCCUGCUUUCCAGACUGAAAAAUACUUAGGUCACAGAAUAAAUCUAUGCGGUCGAAAGCAAACAUCCAGGGGAAAUAGGGAUUCUGUAGGGUUUAAGCUCCGGUGCCACACAAGAGCUGUAGUCUCCCAUAGAAAAAAUUCCAACGGUCGGAAAAGGAGGACUUAUGGAGGUUCGUUGAAUUCAGUUUUGCGCGCUAUGGAGUCUAAAGGCGACAUUGAUGAGAUCCUAAAUUCCUGGGCUGGGAAGCUCAGCCCCAAAGAACAGACUGUAAUUCUGAAAGAGCAAAGCACAUGGGAACGUGUUAUCAGUGUUUUCCGUUGGAUGAAAUCGCAGAAGGACUACAUAUCUAAUGUAAUUCAUUACAAUGUUGUUCUUAGGGCUCUCGGAAGAGCUCAGAGAUGGGAUGAAUUACGGCUCGUUUGGAUUGAAAUGGCCAGAGACAGUGUUUUGCCAACAAACAAUACGUACGCAAUGCUUGUGGACGUAUAUGGAAAAGCGGGUCUGGUAAAAGAAGCGCUUUUAUGGCUCAGACACAUGAGGCUAAGAGGUCUAUUCCCCGAUGAGGUGACCAUGAACACUGUGGUUGGAGUUCUCAAAGAGGCUGGAGAGUACGAUCGUGCAGUUAGGUUCUUCAAGAAUUGGUGUGCUGGGCGGAUUGAAUUAAAUGAUCUUGAUCUGAAUAAUAUUGCUGAUUCUGUAUCUGUMUCAGAUCCCAUUAGUCUCAAGCAUUUCUUGUCAACUGAGCUUUUCAGAACCGGAGGACGAAUCCCUCCAUCAAAACUACUGUCUUCUGCGGACUGGGAAGGUUCUGCUCAGAAGCCUCGACUUGCUGCUACUUAUAAUACGCUGAUAGAUCUGUAUGGAAAGGCAGGUCAUCUGAAGGAUGCAUCUAAUGUCUUUGCAGAGAUGUUGAAAGCUGGUGUAGCACCAGAUGUAUUUACUUUUAAUACCAUGAUCUCUACUUGCGGAGCUCAUGGGCAUUUGUUGGAGGCUGAGUCAUUGUUCUGUAAGAUGGAAGAAAGGGGAAUAUUUCCUGACRCAAAGACUUACAACAUUUUUCUGUCCCUAUAUGCUGAUGCAGGGAACAUUGAUGCAGCACUGAAGUGCUACAAGAAGAUAAGGUCUGUUGGUCUUUUCCCUGACAGUGUAACUCACAGGGCUGUUAUACAAAUUUUGUGUGAGAGGAACAUGGUUCAAGAACUAAAUUAUGUGAUUGAAGAAAUGGAGAGAAAUGGGGUAMAUAUUGAUGAGCACUCUGUUCCUGUAAUUAUUAGGAUGUAUGUCAAUCAAGGAUUGAUUGAUCGGGCAAAGGUUCUCCUUGAAAAAUGUCAGCUUGAGAGUGGAAUUUCAACAAAAACAUAUGCAGCARUUAUGGAUGUUUAUGCAGAUAAGGGUCURUGGGCUGAAGCGGAGUYUAUCUUCCUUGGGAAGAGGGAUUUGUUAGGACAAAAGAAAGAUGUGGUAGAAUACAAUGUCAUGAUUAAAGCAUAUGGAAAGGCAAAACUCUAUGAUAGAGCUCUCUCAAUCUUCAAUAACAUGAGRUGCAGUGGAACAUGGCCAGAUGAUUGCACAUAUAAUUCUCUUAUCCAAAUGCUUUCAGGAGGUGAUUUAGUGGAUGAAGCACAUGAACUUUUAUCUGAAAUGCAAAAGGCAGGAUUUAAACCACGAUGUGCAACCUUCUCUGCUGUUAUUGCAAGUGACAUUCGUUUGGGCCGACUAUCYGAUGCCAUGGAUGUCUAUCAGGAGUUGGGAAGAGCAGGCGUCAAACCAAAUGAAGUUAUUUAUGGGUCUUUGAUAAAUGGAUUUGCMGAAGCUGGAAAGGUUGAAGAAGCUCUUCGUUAUUUUCACAUGAUGGAAGAAUCAGGGAUUCCUGCAAAUCGCAUAGUAUAUACCUCGUUAAUAAAAGCUUAUGGUAAGGUGGGGUGCUUGGAGGGAGCACAGGAAUUGUAUCAGAAGAUGAUGGACUUGGAGGGUGGUGCUGAUAUCAUUGCGUCAAAUAGUAUGAUCAAUCUCUAUCCAGACCUAGGAAUGGUAUCUGAAGCGAAAUUGAUAUUCGAUAGUUUGAGAGAAAAUGGCCAGGCAGAUGGAGUUUCAUUUGCAACAAUGAUGUACCUAUACAAAAGCAUGGGCAUGCUUGAUGAAGCAAUCGAUAUUGCUCAGGAUAUGCAACUAUCAGGUUUGCUUAGGGACUGUGCUUCAUUUAAUACAGUAAUGGCAUCCUAUGUCACAAAUGGACAACUUAGAGAAUGUGGUGAAUUGUUGCAUCAGAUGGUGGCUCGGAGAAUUUUGCCUGACAUUACGACCUUUAAGGUAAUAUUUACUGUGUUGAAGAAAGGAGGUUUUCCUKUAGAGGCUGUUAUGCAACUAGAAACAUCUUUCAGGGAGGGAAAACCUUUUGCUAGACAGGCUGUUAUAGCUUCCAUGUUCUCUGUAGGUGGUUUGCACAGUUUUGCUCUGGAAGCCUGUGAAACCUUCACAAAAUCUGAGGUGGGUCUUGAUUCCUCUGCCUACAAUGUUGCAAUUUAUGUUUAUGGAGCUUUUGGGGAAGUAGAGAGCUUUGAAUAUUUUCAUGAAAAUGCAAGACAGGGGAAUUGCACCUGUUCUUGUUACUUUUAUUAAUCUGGUAGUUUGUUAUGGAAAAGCUGGAAUGUUGGAAGGAGUGAAGCGGAUCCACAGCCAGUUAAAAUACGGAGAGAUGGAGCCCAAUGAAUCCUUGUUUAAGGCUGUUAUAGAUGCCUACAGAAGUGCCAAUAGGCAGGACCUUGCUGAAUUGGUUGGCCAAGAAAUGAAAUUUGCAUUUGAUGCACAAGAAUAUCCUGCUUCAGGAAGUGAAGAUGAGUCUGAUGUGUGUCCCAUACACUUGUUGGAGCCUUCAGAACUCAUGGAUACCAUGGAGAUUAAGUGAUUGUGCUGAUUAUGAUGUACCAUGAUGUUGUGUUUAUGGAAGUGGUCGUUUUAUCUAUUAAUGUACAGUAUGAGCGUAUGCCGGUAACAGAAUGGAAGACACUUUCAUGUGGAUUAGGGG